AGGUGGAUGGUCUCACUCAUCAUCACUUAAAGAAGUGCAGUUAUUCUGACAGUUUUGCGUGACUUUACUACAGAUCAGCCUCACAUCAGCUCAUCUGUCAUUUUAUUACUGAACCAGUUUUGAAGAGUUUGUCUUUUCAUAUUUGUGCUCUGCAAACGUUGAAGAUGUUUCACAGAUUUUGGUUCUGUUUGUGGCAUCUGGUUGGUGUGUUUAGUGAUGAUGAAGAGAAGUCAGUGUUAGUGAUGGAGGGAGAUUCAGUCACUCUGAACUCUGGAAUUACUGAAAUAAUGGAUGGUGAUCUGAUUCGUUGGAGAUUUGAGAAAUAUUUAAUCGCUGAAAUCAAUAAACAGACCGACAGCAUGACUGUAUAUGAUGAUGUUCUUGAUGGGAGAUUCAGAGGCAGACUGAAGCUGGACAAUCAAACUGCAUCUCUGACCAUCACAAACAUCAGAAUGAAAUACGCGGGAUUUUAUAAAGUAGAGAACCCCAACAUGAGCAUAAUUUUUAUUCUCAUUGUCUAUGAUGAAGUGACGUCAGUGUCAGUGAUGAAAGGAGAUUCAGUGACUUUAAACUCUGAUCUUACUGAAAUAAUGGAUGGUGAUCAUAUUUGGUGGUGGUUUGGGAGUAAAAACACAUUAAUAGCUGAAAUGAAUGUAAUUAAUGACAGCAUCUCUGAUGAUGUUCUUGAUGGGAGAUUCAGAGACAGACUGAAGCUGGACAAUCAAACUGGAUCUCUGACCAUCACAAACAUCAGAACUGAACAUGCUGGACGUUAUUUACUAAUGAUAUUUGGAGCAAAACCGUCAUUAAAAGCUUUCAGUGUUUCUGUCUACGACUCUGUCAACUGUUGUGGUUCUACUGAAGCUGUGAUCCGAUUGGUCCUCUCUGCUCUGGUGGGCGUGGCUACUGUCGUUUUUCUGGUUUAUGACAUCAGAUCCAGAAGAGCUGAACAAGAUCAAGCACAUAUUCACACAUCAGAAAGUAUUGAAACCUAAAGGAGAAUGGUGAACUUUAAAGGUUCUUCAAGUGUGUUUUUGUUCUUCUUUGUCAUAGUAAAUACUGAGGAUUAUUUGAGCUUGCGCUCUCUGUUUCAGUGUCAGAUUUUUAAAAAUCCAGUUUAAAAGGCUUUAUUGUUUAUAUUUCCUUCAGAUACAUAAAACAAAUAAAUAAAAGAGACACACAGAUCUCACUUUACUAUUGCUGUCCAUAUGCUAUAUGUAUUUGCUUUUAUCAAUAUGCGUGACCAAAAUAAAAAAAAA